AUGGUCCUCGGUCUUCAUCCUCCUUCAGAUCCCAAAAAAGCCCAGGCAUGGUGGACGGAAGUUUUCCUGUCCCAUCCGCCUCGUGAGGUGGUUGACGCACCGGAGUUCCCGCCCAGGCCGGACGAGUUCCAAGAGAUCGACUGGGCGCCAUAUGUGGAAUCGAAAGAUGCAAAACUAGCACGUAUCUUGUGGGAUCGUCCCACUCAAAAACUCCGACAGUACUUGGACAGCCUAGGCCAGCACCCUUUUCCUCGGCCUGGUGAUGACGACGAUAUAAAGGCAAUGGAGCACACCGAAGGACUCGCCUUAGAGGUGUACGAGCUUCUCCUGUUGGAGCACAUGUACCCCAUUGCAGAGUCCGAAUGGCAAGCUAAAUGGACACAGAUGGGGAUGGACCAGGCGAAGUGGCGACUCGAUGAUAUCUUGAAAGACUGGGGGCAUAUGCCUAAUACCGGACCCAUCCUUAUUCAGGGCAAGGAUGUAAUGACUUCCCGCCAAUUAACAGUUGCAACAUUGAAGCAGGAGCUUAGGGACCGAAACCAAGUCCAAACUGGGACUUCGCAAGUCUUGCGCCAGCGUCUUUACGACUAUGAGCGAAAGUCUCUCACACUCUUUUCCAGAAGCGACCUCGGACAUUGGAAGAUAUCCACAGGGAAGCCGCGGGGCUGGCGAAUCUACCCGGGCGAUGAGUUGAACCCGUUGGACAUGUACACCUGGGCCAUUAAACUUAGCCCAUACAACCCUACAUACUGGGUCAGCCGUGCCUAUUGCCACUACCAACAGGCCUUCUUUGACCUUGCGAUCGGAGAUGCCUACCGAGCCCAGCUUCUCUGCGAGGUGCUUGUCGAUGCUCGGUGCAGAAACCGUCAACCCGGGCUUUACCCCCGAAUCUGGCACGCGAUCUCUCAGCAUAUCCUGGCAGGGAUGAACAGUGAGACGGAAGCCGUCCCGCCAGAGGUGGAAAAAAUGCGCCAACCUAACGGGAUUAACUACUUCAUCCCAACCCUUCGAAAGGCACUUCAUAACAUCAUCAGCCUAAGUCUCGCUGCGCUUCAAGCCCGAGAGGAUUGCAAGGCCAUGGAGAAAUACCUCCCUCAAAGGGUCAUCAUGCCGGACCGCGAUAGACGACCUUUCGAACGACGUCACGAGGUAAUGGAAUCUUAUUUCGAGCAGGCUCACAAUGAAAAGGAGGCAAAAAAGCUUUGGUUUCACGAGUCCCGGGCAGGAAAGGUUUCGACAGAAAGGCUAUAUCCGUAUGAAUCGAGUGACAAACAUCGGACCGACCAAGAUUUCCUCGAUGAAUUGAACCAAAGGCUUUUCGGAAACAAUCAAGCCCUCCCUUGGAGGAGAUGCGAGGUCAAAUCGGUUGAGCGCCUCAAGCCAGCAAAGGACUCCGCCACAGCGCUAGGGGUGUUUGCAACCGAAAAAAUCAAGAAAGGACAGAUGAUUUUCGUCGAGGAGCCGGCAAUGCGGGGACAUCUCGGCGUGAGCAGGCUGCCAUCGGAUCAGUGUGAAUACAGCGCAAGUACGCCACGAUGCGACAACUGUUACAAAGAGCUUGAUGCCGCGUGGCCGGAAGAGGACCAAGAACGGAUCAAGAAGAUCAAAGCCGGACAGGACAAGGCCGCAUGCAAAUGUGUUUUACUCGAUGAAAAAGAAGCUAUUCCGCUAAGCUACUGCCCCCCAGGUCCUGGGCCCAAGACAUGCUCCGAGAUUGCGCGGAAGCUUUAUCACUUUCGGGCCUGUCGGAAAAACUGGAAAUGGCUGCAUGAUGCUAUGCGCCCAUAUGUGAUGCAAUGGGGUAAUCAUAAAGGUUAUCAUUACUUUAGUCACACAAAUGAGGCCCAUGGAACAUUGCUGAGCCUUCUCCUCAGGGAAGUGUUUGACAUCACACUCGGGAGGCGCGAAAGGUUUCACGACCCAAACCUCAUGGCGCAUGAGAUUGACGAACUCUUGGUCCUUGAGGAUAACUUGGACCGGACUGAUGAGAAAGUAUCAUUUCCGUUCACAUUGGCUGCCAACAUCCAGGUCCCAUUCGACAUUCUCAUGCACCUGGGCGUGGACAUAUUCGCCGACCUCUCGUUCGACACCUGGGUCAUUCAAAUCGUGUUAAGGAAAUUGCUGACCAACGCGAUUCCCUGGGCUGAUGUACCGGCCCUGAAGAUGAGCAAAGAGCCAGCCAAGAAGAUUGUUAGGCGGAAGGAGAUCGACGACCCAGAAAAGCAACGAGAAAUGACUAAAAAGAGGGAAAGCUUUGAAAGCUAUGACCCGUCAUUUCGAGCAUUGUAUCUCUAUCCAGGCCUCAGCCUGUUCAAUCAUGCCUGCCCGGAAAAGCAUAACGCACAGUGGGGAUUCGAUUUCGGCGGCGUCCCAAAUCGUGUAUUUGUAUGGGCAAAAGAAGAUAUCCCCAAGGGAAAGGAAAUCCUCAUUUCCUACACUGAGUCGCCCAUGACGGAAAAGGGUAUGCUCAGGCAGCUUGGUCGACAAUGCGCUUGUGACGGCGAACACGAGGACGAGUCGAGCGAUGAGGACGAUGCUCUGCAGCCUCCCCAGUACCCGCCGCUGAGCGCGGCACCUCGUGAUCCGACUCCAGAUACCAGUCCCGAUCCGAGCCAGGGUACUUCUACGAGGGCACUCGGGACCCAGACGAAACCUAUCGGGGCGCAGGUGGACGGAGCAGAUGGCGACAGGGAGGAGUUUGCAGCCAGAGAGCAACCUUUACUUCCAGGAGCAACUGAGGCCGAAGAGCAGUUUGACUGGGAGUUGGAGCAUUAUAUGGCAACAAGGAAGCGCCCGUACCGCGGGGAAUGGGCAGAGAGUGGAUAUCACAAGCGUCAACACUUCGAUUCCUAG